GCUGCAAGCCGAGGGCGGAGGGGAGGGGGAAGGUGCGCGCGCCGUUAGCCGCCCGCCCUCGCGCUGAGGUAACGGCCUCCCGCACCGGUGAGGCGAGGCGGCAGACGGGUGGGAGCCUUCGAGGGGAGCCGCCCGCCUCCGCCCUCUUGUCCCUGCCGCCGCCCGCCCGCCCGCCUGGCCCCACGGGCGCAGCCCGUCGGGGGCGAGGGCGCCGUGCUGCCCCCCGGCUGGCCGCCCCCCGCGCCGCUCCGGGGCGCUAUGAGCCAUGAAGCCGCCUGGCAGCAUCUCCCUGCGGCAGCUGCGCUGCGGCCGCCGCCUCUCCGCCGACUGCCACCUUACAGUCCUGCAGCUUCUCGGUCGCCUUGUCUCCCUGUUUCUGCUCCUCCAUGGCUCAUCUUGCCUCUGGGCCCGCGCGGGCGCAACGGCCGCCGACCUGCAUUGGAAUGAAACGGCAGGCGGUGUAGAGGGAGUACUGGCAGAUGAAGAGAAUACAUUUCAAGUGAAUAAAAGCAGUUACAGUAAAAACAACAGCUACAGCAAUGCAAUCCAGAAAGAAAUCACACUGCCUUCAAGAUUAAUUUAUUACAUUAACAAAGACUCUGAAACCCCUUACCAUAUCCUGGAUACCAGAGCAAAGCACCAGCAGAAGCAUAACAAGGCUGUACAUCUGGCCCAGGCAAGUUUCCAGAUUGAGGCCUUUGGCUCCAAAUUCAUCCUUGACCUCACACUAAAUAAUGACUUGUUAUCUUCCAAUUAUGUAGAGAUUCAUUAUGAAGAUGGAAAACCAAAGUUUUCUAAGGGUGGAGAACAUUGCUACUACCAUGGAAGUAUCAGAGGUAUCAAGAAUUCCAGAGUUGCUCUUUCAACUUGUAAUGGACUUCAUGGCAUGUUUGAAGAUAGUACUUAUUUGUACUUGAUAGAGCCAAUGGAUCUGACCCACAGUGCAGAAAGUAAAAGUAGGCCACAUAUCAUCCGAAGAACUUAUGGAACACAAGCCUCCAAGCAGUUGCAAGACCUUGAGACUGAAUCUAGUUCUGAAUGGCCCUUUCUGUCUGAACUACAGUGGCUGAGGAGAAAGAGAAGAAAGAGAGCAGUAUCUCGUGGUAUUUUUGAAGAAAUGAAGUAUCUGGAGCUGAUGAUAGUCAAUGAUCAUAAAAUGUUCAAAAAGCAUCGUUCUUCAAAUCUCUACACAAACAAUUUUGCAAAGUCUGUGGUAAACCUUGUAGAUGCUAUAUACAAGGAACAGCUGAACACUAGGGUGGUUCUUGUUGCUGUGGAAACUUGGACAGACAAAGAUCGUAUUAAUAUUCACCCUGAUCCACUGCAGAUGCUUCGUGACUUCUCCAAAUACCGGCAGCACUACAUCAAACAGCAUGCUGAUGCUGUGCACCUACUAUCGAAUGUGACGUUUCAUUACAAAAGGAGUAGCUUGAGUUACUUUGGAGGGGUUUGCUCUGUGACCAGAGGAGUAGGAGUGAAUGAGUACGGCCUCCCUUUGGCCAUGGCACAGGAACUGGCACAAAGUCUUGCUCAGAACCUUGGAAUACAAUGGGAGCCAGCUGCAAGGAAACCAAAGUGUGAUUGCACUGAAUCCUGGGGUGGCUGCAUCAUGGAGGAAACAGGGGUAUACCAUUCCCGGAAAUUCUCCAAGUGCAGCAUUGCAGAGUAUAAAGAAUUUUUACUUCGUGGGGGAGGUGCCUGUCUUUUCAACAGACCAACAAAGCUCUUUGAAACCACUGAGUGUGGAAACGGAUACGUGGAAGCAGGAGAAGAAUGUGACUGCGGCUUUCGCAUGGAAUGCUAUGCAGACUGUUGUAAGAAGUGUUCUCUUUCUAAUGGAGCUCAUUGUAGUGAUGGACCCUGCUGUAAUACAUCAUGUCUUUUUUUCCCACGAGGCUAUGACUGUCGAUAUGCAGUGAAUGAAUGUGAUAUUGCAGAGUUCUGCACUGGAGAUUCCGGGCAGUGUCCGCCAAAUCUUCACAAACAAGAUGGGUAUGCCUGUGAUUCUAAUCAGGGUCGUUGCUAUAACGGCGAGUGCAAGACAAGAGACAAUCAGUGCAAAUAUAUCUGGGGAUCCAAGUCGUCAGGAUCUGACAAAUUUUGUUAUGAAAAACUUAAUACAGAAGGCACUAAAAAAGGAAACUGUGGAAAGGAUGGAGACCGAUGGAUUCAGUGUAGCAAACAUGAUGUUUUCUGUGGCUUUUUGCUCUGUACUAACCUUACUAGAGUUCCACGAGUUGGUCAAGUUCAAGGAGAAAUUAUUCCAAAUUCUUUUUAUCAUCAAGGACGAAUAGUGGACUGCAGUGGUGCUCAUGUUCUUUUAGAUGAUGAUACAGAUUUAGGUUAUGUGGAGGAUGGAGCUCCAUGUGGACCUCAAAUGAUGUGUCUGGACAAAAAGUGCCUGCCAAUUCAGUCCUUGAAUAUAAGCAGCUGUCCCAUUGGAUCUAAUGGAAAAGUCUGUUCAGGUCAUGGGGUUUGUAGUAAUGAAGCCACUUGCAUUUGUAAUUUCUCCUGGGCUGGGACAGACUGCAGUAUUGACGAUCCUAUCAGGGAUACUGGUACCAAGAAGGAUGAGGGACCUAAGGGUCCUAGUGCCACCAAUCUUAUAAUAGGCUCCAUCGCUGGUGCCAUCCUGGUAGCAGCUAUUGUCCUUGGGGGGACAGGAUGGGGCUUUAAGUUAUCAGAUGUUUGUAUGAACAUACAGUACUGUGGUGUCAAGUCCAUAUCAAACAUUAAUGGAUGGACCAAAGACUUACCUAGAUCUAAAAGAUGCCAAGUCUUCAACUGUCCUCUGUGCAUGCAUUUAGACUCCAAAAGUUUGUGCAAGGUAAGGCAAUGGAAUGCUUCGUAACAGCAGCUCUGCAAAGAAGCAGAUUUUGGUCCCUUAGCAGCAUUUCCAUAAAACACAUAUAGUGGACUUAAAAACAGUCAUCAUUACACAAACAUCAGCAUUAAAAAAAAUUGUGAGAGAUUUUCUCACUUUUUUUCCAAACUACUAGCACAAAUAGCAGAUCAGUGUCUUCUGUCAAGAUGCUACUUUUCAUCCUUCAUUUUGUUAAUUUGAAUAGGUUUUGUAACAAAAGGUCAUUUAAGUUCUUCAGCAUUUGAACCUUACUUUUGGAAUGCUUAUGAAAACGUUAGCUAUUUGAAGUGGUUAAAAUACUGAGUUAGGAUAAGUGUUUUGAUACUUCAUUAGUGCUUCGUUUGGGUGAUCAUAAGACAAAGGCACAGAUUUGUGAGUAAUGUACUGUGUAACUACAUUCCUAUUGAGUUGCAAAAAAAACUGAGAGGAUGGCAGGAAGGUGUUUCUUACACACGUCCAGCCUCUUAUGAAACCAGUUUUUCUUUCCUGAAAUAGUUCUGCAAAGGUGGCCAUGUUAGAGGGGCAGUGACAUGCUGUAGUGUGGUGUGCUUUUUUUUGUUAGAGACAUUUUUCUGGUUGGAUUACAGACUGAAAAGUUGACCCUUGUUAUUUGAAGAGGCACUAAAAGAUGGAAUGCAAAAAAAGUAGUUUAUGUUCUAAGAUCUUCUAUAGAAAAUGACAAAGAACUAGAAAAUUACAUCAUUGUCCUAUUUGUCCUUGCACAGAGGACUCUCCUGCCCCCUGCCUUAUUGUUUCACUACAGCAUACUGGCAGGAACCUUGUUCUGCUGUAAUACAUAGCUGUAAAGAGGUGCAAAUAUUUAGGGUUUUGUUGUUUUAAUUUUCUUGGGGAAGACAAAGAAAUGUUCUUUUUUAGUAAGACUAUUCUCUUCAAUUUGGUAUUAAACUGAUUGGUAAUUCAGGAUAAAGUUACUAAUGCAGGUCAGGGAAUCAGAAAUUUGAUUCCUGCAGGGUAACACCUGACUGCACACUCCUGUGAAGUGCAACAUCAGCAGCAGAGAGAUAUGGCAAGCUUGCGUUAGUGCUUUGCAGAUCUGUACUGUUCCCUAUUGACUGCACCUGUUACACCACUUUUCAGAGACUUCUCCUAGGCUCUUAAGUCAGAGGUUCUUCACCUGUGUCUUUCUCAUACAAUACUGUUAGCAGAAAAUUUUAAGUGGAGGAAGGCAAUGAUUUGGUUAGUAUCUUCUUCCUUGGACUCAGAGUUUCUGCUGGAUAAAACCAGGAAAUGAGUAAAUAGAUGGUUUGGACAGAUCACAGAAUGCAUGGUGGGGGCAGAGCAGAUUAUGCCUGUUGCCCCAUAGUAUGGGUGCUGGCUGAGCAACCAAAUGGUCCUUAUUGGAAUACUAUACUGAUAGAGAUCAGGGUAGAAAAGAUCUGAUAGGAUACAACUCAAAACAGUUUUGUCAGAAAAGUUGUACUGGGAAGCUGACAUAGCAUAUGUCCCCUGUACCUCGUUUUGGGACUUAUCAAGUACAUUUCUUUAAUUAAAAUAAGCUCAGGUAACAGAAUUCAGUGUACAUUUUAAUGGCUUCUUAAACUGCAAAACUGGAACAUGGUACUUACAACAUGGUAGGAGGACAAGUUACGGUAUCGGUUUUGUUAACAUGCAUUGAUGAUUUAAGGGGACUGACUAAUUAGUUGCUUAUCAGUAGUAUCUGAAUUCACAUGUGCUAGACAGUACUUGGGGAGGUGGGUUGGGGGGAGAGAAGCAGAUAAGUCCUUUCCCCUAGCAGGACAAGCAGGUUUGAACUUGUAUUUAACUAGCUUAUAUUCAUACUUCCUACCAUUCAUCUCUACAAGUUGACCUGAAAAAAAUACUUGCUCAUCUCAAAUUUACCUGGUGCACAAAGGAGGAUGGAUUAAGAUACUGAAUUAAUAUAAGCCAAAUUCAAAAGAAGCAUUAGUACAGUACUUCUAGAGAGGAAAUGAUAGAGAAUUGAAUACAGUGGUCUUUAAGAAACCAGCAAUUCUUAAUCAAUCGCCUUGCAAAAAACAGAAGCAUUGGUACCUGAGAUUAAAAGAGAACACCACAAACAACAAAACAAGCAAACCACACACACGCAAAAUCCAACAAAACACAAAACCAAAAAACAACCAUCACAUGACAGUAUUGCCACAGACACCAAAAUAAAGGAUGCCCAAGAAUACCAGUUUCUGGAGGUCUUCUCAAAGAACUUGCCUUUUGCACAUCCAAUUAGUUUCUUAAAAGCACGAGGCAAAGCUUGUGUAUAGUACAUUUAUAAAUACUGUAGCAGUGCUAGAGGUUAUCAGGGCUGCAGAAAACAAAAUCCUGGGGCUGGUAGGUAGCUGCAGGCAAUUUAUGAAUUCCUGUUCUGUAUUCUUGCAUGUCUUUUCGGUGGCCGUAGUAGUGCAUAUGUCCAAUGUUAAAACUAAAUGCAUGAGCCCCUUGCUUGAUGCCCCACAUAAAGCCAGAUACUGGGGAGGUUGCACCCAACUUUUGUUGUCGCUUCCUAAUGUCUUGCUGUUUGACAUAGGAUAUCUGUAUCGCAGGAGACUGGAUAACACUGCCCAGCUUGCUACCCACUGUUAACACUGACUUCCCAUCCUUAUUUACAGAACUGUCCAGUCUCCUUCAAAUACAUUGUCUUUGCUAUGAUCAGUAGUGUGGUAAGAGCUCACAGAGGCACUCACUUUUUCAUCAUGCUUAAUAUGUAAUCUAAAUUCCGGUAUAGCCAGGCAUGGGUACUUGGUCCAAGAGUUCAAGUCUCUAUGUCCUUAUCUAUUUCCAGUACUGGCACUUUUGAGUCAUUCACUUUAGGCCUGUGCAUGCUUGCCUGGCCUCGUGGGGACGUGUUACUGUGGGCUAAAAGUUUCUACAAAUUUAGAGCACCACUUGAAGUACUACAGAAAUAAUUGAAUUCUUUAUGCCAGCACAAUCAUUUAAACUGCAGAAGGAAACUAGUACUUGAUGCUAUGCUACAGAAAGUGUGCAAACAAAUUCCUUAAAUUGUUACCCCUUGGAAAAGUAAGUUACUUGAACUGUCUCAGUGUGAGCCUCUUACUUUACUAUGACCUCAGCAAUGGCUUUGUUCCUGUUAUAUCUAACUAAUGUCUUGCAUUUUUCUCUUUCAUCUCCUUUUGAUGCAACC